CCGUGAUUCUGUGAAGUGAUGAAGUCGUUUCAAAAUUUGGCGGUUACAUUCCUUAGUCCAACGGCCGCCACCGUCUCUUUGACAUCCAAGUGUGCUCACAUUUUCCUUUAAAGUCGAGUCUGUGGAAACACGUUGGGUGGAAUACGAAGAAUACGUCACUCCAGUUUUUGUUUGCUGCCAUUCGACUUCAAAUUUCCGUUACUUUCCCGAGAUUUCAAUUCUUCACACUUUUUGGUUUUUGUUCUUGUUUCUUAACAAACAAUAGUGAUGCCUUCUGCAAUGGAAGACUUUACCAAAAUAGAAAAGAUCGGUGAAGGUACUUAUGGUGUUGUCUACAAGGCUAAAAACCGUAAGACUCAACAAUUUGUUGCCAUGAAGAAAAUCAGGCUUGAAAAUGAAGAUGAUGGUGUUCCUUCGACAGCCAUCAGGGAGAUAUCACUUUUGAAAGAGCUGCUACAUCCCAAUAUCGUCUGUCUGGAGGAUGUUUUGAUGCAAGAAGGAAAGCUGUAUUUAAUUUUUGAGUUCCUGUCAAUGGACCUUAAAAAGUACAUGGACAGCAUUCCAACUGGGCAGUUGAUGGAUAAAACUCUUGUUAAGUCUUAUUGCCACCAGAUUUUGGAAGGCAUUUUAUAUUGUCAUAGACGUCGAGUUUUGCAUAGAGAUUUGAAGCCCCAGAACUUACUCAUCGAUAAAAACGGAAUUAUUAAGAUUGCUGAUUUCGGUCUUGGGCGCGUAUUUGGAGUUCCUGUUCGUGUCUACACUCACGAGGUUGUUACUCUAUGGUACCGUGCUCCUGAAGUAUUGCUUGGGUCCUCAAGAUAUUCGUGCCCCAUAGACGUGUGGUCGGUUGGCUGUAUUAUGGCUGAAAUGAUAACGAAAAAGCCAUUGUUCCAAGGAGAUUCGGAAAUUGAUCAGCUUUACCGUAUUUUCCGAGUAAUGAAGACGCCCACGGAGGAAAUGUGGCCAGGCGUUUCAAAAAUGCCCGACUAUAAACCUACUUUCCCUAAUUGGAAUACUUACCACCUUCAAAAUUCCGUGAAGCAACUUGACUCGAUUGGAUUUGAUCUGCUUCAAAAAACUCUCAUUUACGAUCCAGCCCUUCGUAUCACGGCUCAGGAUGCUUUAGAUCAUGCUUGGUUUACCGAUCUGGAUAAAUCUAUCUUACCCACCAAUGUGCCUGCUUAAUUAAGCAUUCCUCAUGUAAACGAUAGCUACUAAACCUGGCCAACUUCCUGAUGGUCGUUUCUUGAAAUUCUGUUUUUCGCUUUUCCUAAUCAUCAUUUUUUUUGCUCUCUGAGAGAAGAUGGGUGUGAUUCUUUUCCUUGGUAGCGAAGAAAUUUUCUUCCCCCUUGUGUACGUGUGACUGUAUACUAUAGUUUCCUAAUAAAUAUGCUCACGAGGACUA